CAGGGUUGCGUCUACUACUUUUUACGAUAAAUAUACAAUUAGAAACUGAUUAGUUGAUAGCUUGAACAAUUUGAUAUUAUGAUGUUAUUAACAAACUGAUUAGUUGAUUACAACAUUUUUGAAGUAUUUCAAUAACUGAUGACUUGUUAUGUCUUCAUCGCUUGGCAUUCAUCAUUCGUAGUGAACUAAGGAAGUGAGUGAGGUUUAAUCUCUGUGUUCUUUGGGUUAAGCUGCGUCUGCGCAUCCCGGCUUCAAACGGCACGUGCAUAUUUCCAUGAGAGAUGGAGGGACGCGCGGGCGGGAAGUCUCCGCGGGAACAGAAGUUGUCGGAGCGGGACAUCGACUGCAGGGUACACGUGUUUGGAUACCCGCCGUACACUCAGCCGCAGGACCUCACGCGCGCGUUUCUCCACUUCGGCACCCUUCGAGUGGAGAAGAUGAACACUAAGCAUGCUACAUUGGUUUUCCCCACAUCCUACGACGCUAGAACCGCUUUGGAGGCGUCCAGGAAAGUCAGUAUAUACGGCACUCUUCUGACCGUGAAGCCGUUUGACCCCGCCAUGACCACGGAACAGAAGAAGAGUCCCAGGAAGGAGAAGAAGAAACGACAGAUAUUAUCAACCAUCGACCCCAAGAAGAUUGACCUGAGUGGAAACUUCCACAAACAGCUGGACAACAUCCUGAACAUCGUGCGACUGACCCAGGAGGAGGUGACCGCCAUGAGCUCGCUGUACGCUGACCUCGAGAAGGUUCUGCAAGCUCUGUGGCCGGGUUGCUCGGCGAUCCCCUUCGGCUCGAUCCCCACGGGUUUGGGGAUCAAAUCCAGUGACGCGGACUGCUUCGUCUCCAUCCCGCCGCAGUUCAAGACACCACUAGGGAAUUACGUCAACAAGGCAAAGAAAAUUCUACAAAACUACCCAAACAUCUUCGACGAACUAGUCGCCAUACCACGGGCCAACACCCCCAUAGUGAAACUUGUGCACGUUCCCACGAGAACAGCUUGUGAUCUCACCUUCAAGACGGAGCUCGGAGCAAGGAACAGCAGACUUAUUGCCUUCCUACUGCACGCUGAUCCCAGACUGUUACCAUUAGCUGUUGUCAUCAAGUACUGGGCGAGGGUACACGAGUUAUCAGGCAGUGGAAGAUUGACAAACUACGCUUUGACUAUGCUCAUCAUAUUUUACCUUCAACAACCCCCGCUGUCUAUUCUACCGUCAGUACAAUGGCUACAGUCGGGUGUUCAAGAAGAAAUCGUGGACUACUGGAAUGUUGCAUUCGAUGGACGCAGAGAGAAUAUGCCCCCAAUAAAUAAUAAAUCUUCACUAUCAGAACUAAUCGGAGGAUUUUUUCAAUUCUACUCUACAUUCAAUUUCGAUGAAAUGAUAGCUUGCCCGUAUCUAGGAUAUCCUGUUAAGAAGGACUCGCUGAAGGACCUAGAGAAGUUACCGCCUGGCUUCGAAAGAUAUCGGGAAAAUAUUCUCCAUCACGAAAUGUUGGCGAUGCGCUUUAAUACGUCCAUCUGCGUGCAAGAUCCGUUCGAGCAAUGUCACAAUGUCGCUUCUACGAUAAGCAGCCGCUUGGCGGACGAACUCAGAGCGUAUUUCAAGUUUGCCGCCAACGCCUAUGAACAAGAGAGUCCUAAAAACUGCAAGGGCUUCUUCGAAAUAAUUCUCCUUCAGAAACCGAAGCUCCCCAAGAACAAGGGCAGCCCAGAAUUCAGAGCCAACUUGUUCCCCAACAUGAUCGCGAACAUCGUAGCGCCAGACUGGAAAGCCGUGGUCAGAAAAGUCGUAUUCGAAAUAUUCGAAACGAUGCUCAAAAUCAAGCUCGGAAAAGUAGAAGAAAAGGUGAAUCCGGACUCGAAAAAGGAGAAAGAGAAAUACAUGGGAGUCGUUUGUAAAGCUAUCUGGAAGAGGAAGCAGUUUAGUAGACUGUACACGUACAUGAAUCUGGACUUUGUUCAGAGAAAUAUAAAGAUAACGGAGGAGAUUUUGAAUGCGGAGAAGGAGCUUCUCAAUAUUAAUUUCCAAAUGACGGUGACAUUCUGUCACGAGCCGCGCAGUUCUGUGGUGUCGAUAAAGAUGUCGAGCGGAGACGUGACGGCGUUUAGGGAAUUCGGCAAAUUUUUCGUGUCAGUGCUACAGCAUUGGUUCGUGCAGCUGAUGAAGCCCUACACCCAGUGGCCCGAGAGGGACACCGCUACGAAGAUAGCGGAGACAAUUAAGUAUUUGGACAAUAAUUUGGAUGAUGAUGAUGAUGAUAGUGAUGACAGUGUGUUGAGCGAAAGUGCGCAGGAGGCGGGAGCGGCGGCGGCCUCGUCGGCGGCGCCGUGACCCGCGGCCCCGCCUCGCUACCGGCUCUGGACUCCGUGGUACAAUACGUGUUACUAUUAAGCUAAAUAUCGACGUUUGAUAGAAAUCUAUUUUGUUAUCAUCGUUUUAUUUUUAAUCUAUGUGAAUAGAAUGACUGUUCUGUUUAUGUAAAUAAAUAAAGAUAUUUUUUCUAAA